UGAGUGCUCUGCUCUGCCCAGCCUGACUGCCUGAGCCCCCACCUCUCUAGGAAACUUCUAGAGGUCCUGCAGCUCUGGAGGAACCAGAGCUCCUGGUGGCUGUGUAGGCAGGGAGUUGGGAACUCCCUCUGGGACUCCAUUUCCGAUGAUGAUUAAGCUUCGCGAGUUCUAGAAGGGCACGACUCAGGCAAGAAGCAUCCACUCUGGCCAGCCUCAGCCUCAUGCAGCCCUUCAGCAUCCCGGUCCAAAUCACACUGCAGGGUGGUCGGAGGCACCAGGGGAGGACGGCACUUCCGGCCUCAGGCAAAAGUGAUGGAGAGCCGCUGAAGGUGUCCCCAAAGCUUCCAUCGAGCGCUGGAGAGGACCGCGCCACCCUGCUGGGCAUUGCCAUGAUGGCGUCCUCUGUGCUGAUGUUCUUCCUGUUGGGGACCACCGUGCUGAAGCCUUUCAUGCUCAGCUCUAACAGAGAAGAAUCAAACUGCACCACCGUCCACACACACAUUGCAGAUGAUUGGCUGAACUUCGCCUUCACCUGUGAGGGCAGCUGCCAGGACCAGGGCGGGUAUCCCUGUCUGCAGGUGUUCGUAAACCUCACCCACUCAGGCCAGAAAGUGCUUCUCCACUAUGACGAUGAGGCGGUCAGAAGCAACCCCAAGUGCUUUUACACACCCAAGUGUCACCAAGACAGGGAUGAUCUGCUUAACACUGCCCGGGACAUCAAGGAAUUCUUCGAUCACAGAAAUGGAACUUUCACUUGCUUCUACAGUCCCGAUGGCCAGCCGGGAGUCGUCCUGAGGAAGUCUGGCCACAAGGUUGUCUUUCAUUGCUUGUUUUGGCCUUUGUUGACUUUGCUGGGUGGGGCCCUGAUUGUUGGCUUGGUGAGGUUGACACAGCAUUUAUCCCUUCAGUGUGAACAGUACAGCAUGGUGGUGAGAGUGCAGGCAGGAGGCAGAGCACAUUCUGUGGGCAGGCGCAGGUCUUCGCCGCCCUGCAGUGUGACGACGAUGAGCCAGGGAAGGAACAGAGAGCUGAAGAGGCGGCCGCACCGCUCCCAUCCCGAGAUGCUCCAGCUGAUGACUUGAGCGCUGCCAGGCAUGGCGGAGCAUUGUGAUCCCAGCACUUGGGGGGCUGAGGCAGGAGGAUCACAUUCAAAGCCAGAUUGGGCUACAUACAGAUCUCGUCUAAGAACAGAGCUGGGGUUAUAGCUUCCAGACAGAGCACCUGCCUAGCACACAGGCUCUGGAUUUGAUCGCCAGCACUAAACCGUGCUAUCUGCUUACAAACCUGUUGUGUACAGGGCAAAGGCAGGCAUCACAGCUUUCCACAGGGGAACCAUUCUUCAAGUGUUGGCUGUUUUCUAUUUAUUCUAAAAACAUGUAGUUUCAACAGUCUGUCUUUUCCCAGUCUCCCCAGAUAAGCCACGGGAGCACCUUUCUCCUCGUAGGUAAAAUGAAUUCAAGGCACUCCUCUACAUAACUUCAUUUCUCCAUGGAACAUGCUGGCCCGAAACAAGCCGUUCCUGAGUCCGUCUGUCUGUGGCGCACUCAGCUGCCAGCACGUGCAGUUCAUAUGACGUUUCUCACAGAAAAAGGCAGUGGGAGCUGGGGCGAUGACUCAGUUGGUAAACGAGAACCUGAGAUUGGUUUCUCAGACGCAUACAAAACAAAAAUAAGCAAGCAAACACAACAACAAAGACAAAGCAGGCCUGUUGGCCUGGACCUGGAACCUCAACACCGGGGACAGCCAGAAUAGCAAAUCUGUGACCACCACAAUGAGAGACCCUGUCUCAAACAUGGACAGCGACUGGGGACCACCACCUGAAGUUGCUCUGGUCUCCACACACCGACACAUGCAUGCAGGCGUGUAGACAGCGCACGUACACAUACUCAUAGCUAGCAGUUCAUUUACUACAAGUAGAUCAAAACUGCCAACAACGGGAGAAAAUCCAGGUCCGCCCCAUUUAUUGUAGUUUGUUCUGCCCUUACCCUCUAUUCCAAGGGGAAAGCUGCUGCCUAGAAAAUCCACCUUACAUUGAUUUGUACGUGACCUUGUCACGCAGCUGCUCUUUUUACUUUGUGGCAUUUAUUAUCCUUCCCCUAAGCCCUUUCAGUCUCUGCACACUGUGGGAACAGGAGAAACAAAUACAAGUGUGAGCUAAGCUGCACCUGAGUCCAACCCCCACAUCAAAUACUGCAUGCUGGAGAAUGGUUCACUGGGACAGUCGGUGUUCUGUAACAGAAUCAGCCAGAGGGCUGGAGAUGGCUCAGCGGUUCAGAAUGCUUGCUUCUGCCGGGCGGCGGUGGCGCACACCUUUAAUCCCAGUACUCAGGAGGCAGAGG